CCUAUGAGAUCAAUCACUGCUGCAUUCCGACAGUAGCUACAAAAUCCACUGGCAAGCCAGGUGAGAGUCGCCUUCCAGGAAACAUCCAGACUCAUACGCACAGCUGAAUGGCUUAUAAUUUCAAAAGUCUCGCCUGCACUUUCCACUGAGGUUUUUCUUUGCUUGCGCACUGGAGCGUAUCAAGUUUGCAUAUGAUGAGCGGCGUGGGUUCGUGAGAACAGCUCAUAAAUGUCCACUAAAGCGGAUAGAGGCGCACAGGUAGAUGCGACGCAUCUAGAGUGCAUGAAAGCGGAAUGGGCUGCAGACAGCGCCGGACAGGAGGUCAUGGGCACAGAUGAAGCUCCAGCGGCGCGCAGGCUCAGCCGUAGCCCGAAGUGCGCUCGCUGCAGGAAUCACGGCGUCGUGUCGCGCCUAAAGGGUCACAAGCGCCUGUGUCGCUGGCGGGACUGUCAGUGCGCCAACUGCCUGCUGGUCGUGGAGAGGCAGCGAGUGAUGGCAGCUCAAGUCGCCCUACGGAGACAGCAGGCCACGGAGGGUAAGAAAGGUCAGAAAAACAGCGCUGUUCUCAGACGCACAGCUUACCAGCGCUACACGAGGGCACCGAGUCUCUUGGCAAAGAGUAUUCUAGAGGGCUACAAGCCACCAGUACUGGAAGACUGGCCAAAGCGUCUCCACCAACCCCCUGUGAGUGUUCGGAUGAGGAAGAGGAGAGCUUUUGCUGAUAAAGAGCUAGAGACGGUGAUGCUGGAGAGAGAGCUGAGGCAAAGAGAGGUAGAAGAGCUGCCCACACUCCUCCUGCAGGCUGUGGUGCCCUCUGCUCCCUCUCCGUAUUUCUUCCCGCUGUCAGACCCAAUUAUGCCCACAUUUGUGCCUGUGUCCAAAAACAGCCCACCUUCGACUGACUGUGAUCUCCGUCAACACGGGCUCAAAUCUAAAACUCUAGACACACUGACAGAUGACGUCUCUCUGAGAGUGUGCAAGAAUUGGGACGUUUUCGGUUCCAUUCAGUCUCCAUUGCACUGUUAUAACAGCACAAGCCCAGGUGUCAACUUGGUUAAAAACACACUGGACAGAAGCUUUUCUGAUUUGUAUGUCAAACCAAAAUUUGCAGUUGCUGACAUCACGUCAAAGCAAGACAUUCCUCCAUCACUGAACGUGGCAGAUGUGUUGAUACAUGCGAAAUCACCACACAAACGCUGCAGGUCAUUGGGACAUGAGGCCACUGUACGUUUGGAUUGUGUGGAGGGUGCUAGUAAAGACCCCAUCAAAAAAGCUGUAACACGGCCAUUACCCUUUUCUGUCGAGGCACUGCUCAUGAGAUAAGAUUUUUUUUUUACUUUAUAAUGAGAUUCAAUUUGGUAAAAGGACAAAAUUUGACUUUUAUAUUUCAGUUAAGAACAGUGAAGAAGAUUUUUAGCUAAAACUGUGGUCCUUGGUUAUUCAGAAAAUGCAAGUGAAUGGUGCAUAGAGAGUUAAAACAAAAACACACUCACAUGCAGGGCAUACAACAUUAAUAUAAAUGGCUCCUGUUGGUCUGGAUGAUUCAGACUGUUAUAAACACACGCAGGACCAUUUGCCAGCUGUGGAUUUAAGGUAAUAGAGUUGAUAACAAUAUUCAUCUUCUUGCACAUACUGACGCUUUAAACUUAAUUGAUCGGCAGGUGCUUUGGGUAUUACUUUUGGUUUGCCUGUAUAUAUUUUCUGACUCUAAAACCACACACAGUUCUUGCAUUUGCACUUGCAUUUUAUGAAUGACCAAGUAUUCAGCUAAUAAAAUCUAUUUGUUUUACUCAAAAGAAAACGUUCUAUGUAUUGGAUGCCAAGAUGUUAAACGAA